AGUCUGACCUCCACCAAUUAUAAUGCCACCCACGCUAACACAGCACGCGAGUUUCGCUACUUCUCGCCCGCCCUGGACUGGCACCGACGAGUCAAGAUCAAGAAGCGAUGCAGCCGACGGAGUCCGCGCAAUGUCGGUCCUCCUCCUCCUCCGCGUCCGCCACCGGGCCCCGCCGGAGCAUGGGGUGCAUGGCCGGCCUCCUCCGCCUCCUCUCCCCGUACCACCGCCACCGGAAGCGCCUCACCGCCAAGAACGCCACGCCAGAGGCCUCCUCGCGACCACCGUCUCCACCGCCGGCCAUGAAGAAACCGACAGCACCACCAACGCAGGCCGCACCAAAGCCGAAGCCAAAGCCGCUGCUGCAGCCACCGACGGGAGUCCGGCGGCGGCGUUCGUGCGAGGCGCCCCGGAGCCCGACGAUCGCGCCGGAGUACCGCCGGGUGAGCUGCGACAGCCCCAGGCCGCCGCCUCCGGCCAUCGUCGCGCGCCUCAUGGGUCUGGAGGAGUCAGCGCCGCCUUCUCCCGCAACGACGCCGCGGCCGCGGCCGCUCCCGACGCGCCCUCCUCCUCCCCCUCCGCCGGAGAUGGCCGCGGAGAAGCGGCGCAGGCUGCUGGGCGCGCUGGAGAAGUGCGACGACGACCUCCAGACGCUGCGCCGGAUCAUCGCGGCCGUCCGCGCCGCUGAGAUGCGCUCGGCCGCCGCGGCCGACGUCCCCGCGGCUACUGCGGGGGAGGGUUGCGAGGACGCCCUUGGCGAGGCGUCGCCGCCGCUGCAGCAGCAGAAGCCGCGAGCCGAGGGUGCGCAGUAUCCGAGCCCGAACUCGGUGCUGGACGCCAUCACUUCGCCGAGGUUCCCAUGCAGGAAGCGGUCGUCUCCGUGCACGCAUCUCGAAGCAGAUAGCAAGCCCAGUUGCGGCAACGAGGCCCUCGGAUCCAGGAUCGUGAAGCCCUCCCGGACUCUCGUUUUCUCGGGAGACUACUGCAAGAUCAAGCAAUACUGCAACGAGCUGCACGCCGUGGCCAUGUACCACCACCCGGCGCCGGUGGCGGCCAUCGAGGGAAUGCCGCGUUGGACGCCGUCGGUGUCGGAGACGGAAAGCUGGCGGCACCGGCGGCGUUGGGGUCUCCAUGCUUCAGGGCGGAGCCGCGCCAUGGUGGAGAGCGUUGGGGAGGUCUGGGGCCAGGGCGCCGGCGAGGAGCGGUGGGAGGCCGGCCUGGUCGGCGCCGCGCUGGAGCGCGCCAUCCUGCAGGACCUGGUCUGGGACGUCGUGGCGGAGCUGCUCCCAAUGUCCGGGCGAGACGCGCAGGCGCCGUUCGGCGGCCACGGCGGCGGCGCCAUGUGCAGGAAGAGGCUCUGCUUCUGAGCGACAGAAAUCGACGGAUGAUUUGGCGCGCACGCCGUGUUUUGGCUCCACGCGCGCGUGCGUAGCCAAGGGAGGCCGAUCGAGCAGCUGGGCAGCUCCAAGUGAGUGAAGUGAAGUACGAGAGAGGAGCAAAGCUACUGUCAAUGUGACGUACGUAGUCCAUGGGGUUGAUGUCAGUGACUGACAGCCCCAUGAUGUGGUGAUAGUGGUAUUGAAAGAAUGGAUACGCCGGCCGUUGUAGGUGAGAGGCAAUAAAGCGUCGCUUUAGAAUGUGGGGGUGGUGAUGAAGUGGGCACACAGUGAAACUGCCUGACCUGCUUCGAGAUGAUGAGGUCGGCUCCACGCGCGGCCGCCGCGCGCGCGCCCACAAGGACACGAACUAGGCGGCGGGUCAAGCUCGUUCGCUGGGAGAGGAGGGCCGGCUCAUGGAUGUUUACAGUAGCACUCCAUUGUUCAGUGGUACAGUAGUAUAGGCAGGGUGUGUGUGUGUAGGUUUUGGUCAUAUGGAGGAUCUGUAAAGAACCGUUGUGUCAAUUUACAGCACUUUUAUUUGAGAUCUGCAAACUGUUGA